GCCCCAGCCCCAGGAUGGCAUCGGACAGCCCUGAGUCCCUGAUGGCACUCUGCACAGACUUCUGCCUCCGAAAUCUAGAGGGGACUUUAGGUUACCUACUGGACAACGAGACCUUGCGGCUGCACCCAGAUGUCUUCCUACCCAGUGAGAUCUGUGACCGGCUUGUCAAUGAGUAUGUGGAGCUAGUCAAUGCUGACUGUAAUUUUGAGCCCCACGAGAGUUUCUUCAGCCUCUUCUCAGAUCCCCGAAGCACCCGACUCACUCGUAUCCACCUUCGAGAGGACUUGGUGCAGGACCAGGACCUGGAAGCCAUUCGAAAGCAGGAUCUGGUUGAAUUAUACCUGACCAACUGUGAGAAGCUGACUGCCAAAAGUCUGCAGACACUGUGUAGUUUUAGCCCCACCUUGGUUUCCCUGAGCCUCUUUGGAUGCAGGAACAUCUUUUAUGAAGAGGAGAACCCUGGGGGCUGUGAAGAUGAGUGUGUGGUCAACCCCACCUGCCAGGUACUGGUUAAGGACUUCACCUUUGAGGGCUUUAGCCGCCUUCGGUUCCUCAACCUUGGCCGAAUGACUGAGGGGAUUCCUGUGGAGUCUCUUCUUCGACCUCUUCGAUCCCUGGCUGCCCUGGACCUUUCAGGCAUCCAGACCAGUGAUGUUGCCUUCCUGACUCAGUGGAAGGAUAGUUUGGUGUCCCUAGUUCUCUACAACAUGGACCUGUCUGAUGAGCAUAUCCGUGUCAUUGUUCAGCUUCACAAGCUCCGGCACUUGGACAUCUCUAGAGACCGCCUCUCCAGCUACUAUAAGUUCAAGCUGACAAGGAAGGUACUGAGCCUUUUUGUUCAGAAGCUGGGAAAUCUGGUGUCACUGGACAUCUCUGGCCACAUGAUGCUAGAAAACUGCAGCAUCUCUAAGAUGGAUGAGGAAGCCGGGCAGACCAGUGUCGAGCCUUGUAAGAGCAGCAUCACCCCCUUCCGGGCCCUGAAGCGGCCCCUGCAAUUCCUUGGGCUUUUUGAGACUUCCUUGUGCCGUCUGACACACAUUCCAGCCUACAAGGUGAGUGGUGACAAGAAUGAGGAACAGGUGCUAAAUGCCAUCGAGGCUUACACAGAGCAUCGGCCAGAAAUUACCUCUCGAGCCAUCAACCUUCUCUUUGACAUCGCCCGAAUAGAGCGUUGCAAUCAGUUACUCCGAGCCCUGCAGCUGGUCAUUACUGCCCUCAAGUGCCACAAAUAUGACAAAAAUAUCCAGGUGACAGGCAGUGCCGCACUUUUCUACCUGACCAACUCAGAGUACCGCCCUGAGCAGAGCGUCAAGCUCCGCCGGCAAGUCAUCCAAGUGGUACUCAAUGGCAUGGAAUCCUACCAGGAGGUGACGGUUCAGCGGAACUGCUGCCUGACACUCUGCAACUUCAGCAUCCCAGAGGAGCUGGAGUUCCAGUACCGGAGGGUCAAUGAACUCUUGCUCAGCAUCCUCAACCCCACUCGACAGGAUGAGUCAAUCCAGCGAAUUGCUGUGCACCUCUGCAAUGCCCUUGUCUGCCAGGUGGACAAUGACCACAAGGAGGCUGUGGGCAAGAUGGGUUUUGUCAUGACCAUGCUGAAGUUGAUUCAGAAAAAGCUAAUGGACAAAACAUGCGAUCAGGUGAUGGAGUUCUCCUGGAGUGCUCUGUGGAAUAUCACAGAUGAGACACCAGACAACUGUGAGAUGUUCCUUAACUACAGUGGCAUGAAGCUCUUCUUGGAGUGCCUGAAGGAGUUCCCAGAGAAACAGGAACUACACCGGAAUAUGCUAGGACUCCUGGGGAAUGUUGCAGAGGUGAAGGAACUGCGGCCCCAACUAAUGACUUCGCAGUUCAUCACCGUCUUCAGCAACCUGCUGGAGAGUAAGGCAGAUGGAAUUGAAGUGUCCUACAAUGCCUGCGGUGUCCUUUCCCACAUUAUGUUUGAUGGCCCAGAAGCCUGGGGAAUCUGUGAACCUCAGCGGGAAGAAGUAGUAGAAAGAAUGUGGGCAGCCAUCCAGAGCUGGGAUAUCAACUCCCGGAGAAACAUCAAUUACAGGUCAUUUGAGCCAAUUCUUCGCCUACUUCCCCAGGGUAUAUCCCCUGUCAGCCAGCACUGGGCAACCUGGGCUUUGUACAACCUUGUGUCAGUCUAUCCGGACAAGUACUGCCCUCUGCUGAUCAAAGAAGGAGGCAUGCCGCUUCUGAGGGACAUGAUCAAAAUGGCUUCUGCCCGACAGGAGACCAAAGAAAUGGCCCGGAAGGUGAUAGAGCACUGCAGUAACUUUAAGGAGGAGAACAUGGACACAUCCAGAUAGAAGCAAUGGGCCCUCCCGAUUCUGGCCCGCACAGGUCCCAACUUCUCUCUAAAUUACUGCAUCUAGGGAGGAAUUCUCACCAGCUUGGCUGUCGGAAGGCCCCCAUCCCGUGCGUGUGGGACCCCAAUGAGAUGAAGGUGCACUGGGGGAACUUUUGCACAACCAGUGCUUUUCCUUAACAUUAGUAAGAUAUAUAUAUUAUAUAUAUAUACAUAUAUAUUAUAUAUAUAUAUAUACAUAUAUAUAUAUAUAUAUACGUAUAUAUAUAUAUAUAUAUAUAUAUAAUUUUUUGUUAGGAAGUGUGAAUUGAAGUUUUGUGUGUAUGAUUUCUGUAUAAAAACAAAAGAAACCUCCCCCUCCCCAAGUCCUUGCAACAUUCUUUGGCCUUUUUAAGCCCACAGAGAGCCUCUAAUAUCCAUUCCCUUUUCCCCACCAACUACCCAUUGGCUCAAAGCUUGGAAAAUUGUGACUUUUCAGGUCUCUUCUUUUAUUAUUUCCUCUGUCCCUCUUCUGAUGUUCAAGGCAUCAGCCCAUCCCUGGUCCCCUGCACCAGAUCCCUGGGAUGACUAGGAGCCUAGGCUAGGCUCUCAGUUAAGCCUGGUGGAAGCUAGGCUGGUGGGGUUUGAGCCUUAGCAGUAAAAGAACACAAAGAGUCUUAGAACAAACCCUGAAGAGGUCCUAGAAAGCCCAGGGUCUUUGGCUGUUGACUGUUAGAAGCAAGGCACAGAGCCAUUCACAGUGCCAAGGCACAGACAGUGUUGAUUAGGAGACUCAUAAUGGACAGAGGUCUUUAGCCUUUGUAAGCUCAGAAUAACCCUUACCCCUUUGGAGAAACUAGUAAGUACCCUGUUCGCUAUUCUCCAUGGUGAUGUUUUUGCAUUGAUUUUUGCAAGCCGCAGAUAUAUACCACCACUCUGAAGCCAUGCUGCUAAGGUGGCAUUAAGCUACUUCCCUUCUUCUCCCUUUCCUGCCAUGGCCCAGGCCUCCCUCCUCUUCAAAUAAAAGGGGAGUGAAGGAUAUCUUCCUCCCAAAGAAGAUAGAGUAGGGACAGAUUCCUCCGCCAUGCCAGCAGAUGCACAUGCUUAAGAUGCCUGCCUCCAAGUCCCUGGAACUACUCAAGUGCUUGCCUGUCUCAGGCAUUCCUCCCCGGAUAGCUGAGCUCACCAUGCUUCCCUGUUCCCCCCCAACCCAACUAACCCUUGGCAGCUGACAGCCCUGUCACUGCUUCCCUGCAGCGGCUGAAAGCCUGGAGGAAUGACUCAGAGUAGCUGGAGGAGACCUGGGGACAGCUGGAAGUGAGAGCUCGCCAAGAUAGAGCCCUCAACCCCAGCGUACCUUUUCCCCACUCAGAUUUGCAUUAGAAACUACAUCAAGAGUUGGGGCAGCUCCCCCCAGGCCAACACUGUGGCAACAGACAUUUCUCCUGACCAGCACAACAGACACUUUUCAGUGGUACAGCCUAACCCGUCCCAGUGGGAGCAGGCAGUACCAUGGGGCAUUGUAAUCUCUGACUUUUCCUUUGGAACCUCUGUGCUUUGUUUUGGACAGUGUGAGACGUGUAUGUAUUUUUAAAUAUUUUGUUCCAAAUCCUCUCAAUUUUUUUUUGGUGUAAUUUUGAAUUGUUUUAAGUUUGGACAGAUUGGGGGGGGGGGGGGGGUUUAUCAAUGAGAUGUGUUUAGAAGCCAACCGCUCAGAAAAUCUUUUCUCCUCUUCCUCCUUCCCAGUCCCUCCUAUUAGCUUUCUCCCUGAGUGUUUAUCUCUGUAUGAAACAGGAUGGUGUAGGUAGAAUUGAAAUAUCUCUUUUCUUCUUGGUUUUCUCACACUCAGCUCCUAACAAGGGUGAGCCUGUGUUGGGUGAACUCUGAAUUUUCCAUCCUGGUAGUAGGGCUGAGUUUGAGCCAUCUGCCAGACCACCCACCAAGGACUAGGUAAUUUCCCCACAGAGCAAACCCUACCUCUCCCCCCCUCCAUCACCCCUCACCUGGACUGUCCCUGCUAUGAGGACCUCGGCACAGCCUAUUGCUUUGAAUGAGCACCCAGGUCCUGUGUAAGCGUCUGUACUUGGGAUGUCACAGAAAUACAUUUUUGUGCAAAGUGGA